UUCAAAUCCGGUUAAGAAAAUGCUUAUCAUCUCCCUUCUGGCGAAUUUGGUGGUUUUGGAGAGGGAGAUUUGAAUUGCUGUUCCAAGAAUGGGUUUUGUGUAGAAUCCGGGAUGGGAGCAAAAGAAUAAACAAUAAAUUAUCUGAAGGCACUGAGAAUUUGCAGCUGCAAAUUACUGAUCCCAUGAGUAUUAAUCGCUUCAAUCAAACAGAACAAUGCCUUAGUACUUGUGGUUACUUUGGAAACACUCAAGUACUAGCAGUUGGAUAUAGGUUUGAACCAACAGAUGAAGAACUCAUUUCUGGCUACUUGAAGAGGAAGCUUAAUGGUGAACAAGAACUGCCAUCCAAUGCAGUCAUUGAUAUGGACAUCUACGCAUGUGAACCAUGGUUUCUUUCAUAUGAUAUUCAUGGGUCCAUGGGCAAUAUGGAUAAUGAAGAGCAUGAGCAUCAGCGUGAUAGGUAUUACUUUGUGAAUCGACAGAAGAAAUGUGCAGCUACUGACGGAGGGAAGAGGCCGGAAAGAGGUGUUAAAGGGAAGUUUGAUGUUGGAGGAUAUUGGAAGGCCAGCACUGGUGACAAAUGCAUUCGAAAGACCCAACAUCUGAAUGUCAUUGGCUACAUCAAAACCUUGACAUUUUAUAAGUACAAGAACAAGAACAAGAAUCGGAAGGAAUGCACCAAAACUGAUUGGAUUAUGCAUGAAUAUUGUCUUUCAAGAGAAACGUUCCAAAAAUGGGUCCUUUGCCGAAUAAGGGAUAAUAGCAAGAAAAGCAAGGAAGAAGGAAAACAUAAGAAUGAAGGCACUCAAGAUGUUCCGAAAAAUUCCACCAUUACUUGUGUAGAAGGGAAAUCGGAUAUGGAAUUGGAAAUUUCAGAGCAGGAGGACCAUUUUGAAAAUAUGUCCCACCAAGAGCUGCAAGAAAAAUCAGACAUGGGAGAUGUACUACAAGAGCUGAAAUAUUCCACUAGUGAAGAAGGAAAAUUUGACAUGGAAUUGGGAACUUCAGAUGCGAAGACUGCAGAGUAUUUAUCUUGGUUGGACCUGAUAUCCUUUGAUGAUUAUGAAGAGCAUUUUUCAGAUAUGUCCUACCAAGAGCUGCAAGAAAAAUCAGACAUGGGUGAAGUUCUACAAGACCUGAAAUCCACUUGUGAAGAACAAGAAAAAUUGGACAUGGAAUUGGGAACUUCAGAUGCGAAGACUGAAGAAUAUUUAUCUUGGAUGGACCUGAAAUCUGUAUGUGAUCAUGUAGAGCAAGGGGAGCAUUUUUCAUAUAUGUCCUUUCAAGAUAUGCAAGAAAAAUCAGACAUGGGAGAAGUACUGCAGGAGCUGAAAUCCACUUGUGAUGAAGAAGAAAAAUCUGACAACUAUAAAGAUUUAUCUUGGAUGGACCUGAUGAAUUUGAGUGAUGAUGAAAUCCCAUUUGUGUGUUUUGAUUAAACUGUAAAUGAGGGAGUCCUUGAUCUCCAUUCGCAUGUGUAUGACCUUGGCUGAGAAACAUCUGACAUGAUGAGAUUGUAUUCAAUUUUGUUGAUAUAUAAAUUGUAUACUUUUUGGAGAAAGCAGAUUAUUGUAUUCAAUUUUGUUGAUAUAUAAAUUGUAUACUUUUUGGAGAAAGCAUAUUAUUGAAA